AUGUCAUUAGCAGCGUCAGUAUCGUCCCUCUACUCCCUACAAACUGGAUGGAUAGUCCAGAAAUUCGGCGGCACAAGUGUCGGCAAGUUCCCCGAGCAGAUAUGCGACGACAUUAUCAAGGUGUACAACGAAUCUCACAAGGUGGUUGUGGUGUGCAGUGCUAGAUCGACCCAUUUGAAGACACAAGGCACCACCACGCGACUUCUGACCGCAGCAGAGCUUGCAGCAGACGACAAACAGGAGGAAUUUCAGCAGCUGCUGAAACUGGUGCAGGAAGACCAUGUGAAUAAUGCCAAAGAAAAGAUCAAGAACCCAGAGCUCAGAGAGCGACUGGUGAAGGAGACGGUGGAGGAGAUCGAGCACGUGAAGCGGCUGUUGAACGCGUGCUUGAUCAUCGGAGAGAUCAGCGCGAAAUCGAACGACGUGGUCAUGGCAUGCGGCGAGAAGCUGAGCUGCCGGUUUAUGGCGUAUUUACUAAAGGACAGAGGUGUCCGUGCCAGCUAUGUUGAUCUUUCGUCUGUGACUACGAACAUGGACUUCAGCAACGGGCUGGAUGCGGCCAGUUACAAGACUCUGGGCGAGCGGUUUGCUGCCGAGGUGCGCAAGUUGCCCGAAGGGACGGUUCCUGUUAUGACAGGGUUUUUUGGACUAAUUCCUGGAGGGUUAUUACGUGGGGUGGGCAGAGGUUAUACAGACCUUUGUGCUGCGCUGACGGCCGUUGGUCUCGGUGCCGAUGAGCUGCAGAUCUGGAAAGAGGUGGACGGCAUUUUCACGGCAGACCCUCGCAAAGUGCAGCGGGCCAAGCUUCUGUCCUCUGUCACGCCCGACGAGGCCGCAGAGCUCACCUACUACGGUUCCGAGGUUAUUCAUCCGUUCACCAUGGAGCAGGUUAUCAAGGCACGGAUCCCGAUUCGCAUCAAGAACGUCAUGAACCCAACGGGCGAGGGCACCAUCAUCUACCCGGACAAUCUGGGCAAGCGCGGCGAGGCCACGCCGCCCCAUCCGCCGAUUUCCGUGCAGAACCUGCCAUCUUCUGUGUUCACAGCCUCCAAAACAGCCACCGCCGUCACUGCCAAGUCGGACAUCGCCGUUCUCAACAUCCACUCCAACAAAAAGACGCUCUCGCACGGGUUUCUGGCCAACGUGUUCACCAUCCUGGACAAGCACAAGUUGGUGGUGGACCUGAUUUCCACGUCGGAGGUGCACAUUUCCAUGGCCUUGCACUAUACCAGCGAUUUGAAGCACAAUUUCGGUAAGGCCCUGGAAGAGCUGACCAAGUACGGAGAUUGCGACGUGACCAAAGACCUGUGCAUUGUCUCGCUGGUGGGGAUCCACAUGAAACAGCUGAUUGGUAUUGCCGGCGCCAUGUUCAAAAUUCUGGCCGAUGAACGCAUCAACAUCGAGAUGAUCAGUCAGGGAGCCAACGAGAUCAACAUUUCCUGUGUUAUAGACAAAAAAGACGUGAUCAAGGCGCUGAACGCGCUGCACGACCGGCUGCUACUGCGUGCGUUCACGGGCGGCAACGCGGUCGACCAGCGGCUCGAAAACCUCAAGCUGGACGAUGUCCUUGGUGAUAAAACCGACUUCACCGGUCCACCCUUCCGGAGCGUUGUUGAGAACAUGAACCACCUUGAUGUUAGGGAACUCCUUCUCGAUCAGAUCGAGCUCUGCCUUGAGCAAAAUGUCCUCGGCAGUCACGUUUCCAUACAAAAGAGUCACCUUGGUGCGGUCUUCUGGAUUGUUGGUUAUGGCCUUGAUGAUCUGGUACAUUGGAGUGAUGCCUGUUCCUCCUGCAACCAUCACAAACUCUCUCACCAUGUUCGGGGUGUAGGUGAAGAAUCCCUUUGGCCCACGCACACGGAUACAUUCGCCCAGUUCGAGCCCGUCAACGUGCUUGGAGAUGUUACCCUUGUCGUAAACCUUGAUCAACAGGUCAAAGUAGCCCUUGCAAUCCUCGUCCAAGGACAUUGGAGUGUACGAGCGGACAAUCUCCUUGCCGCCGAUAUCGGCGCCAAUGGAAAUAUGCUGGCCAACAGGCAAUCCCAGAACGUCUGUUGGUCUUGGAAGUCCAAAUCUGAAGAUAGCGGAAUUCUUGGACACGAUGGUCUUUUGGAUCAAUGGGAACUCCUGGAACCGGUCGGCCUUCAGAACCUUGCGCUCCUUGGGCGACAGAAGAUAGAAACCAACCAGGGCAGCAACCAAAGCAGACAGAGCUGCGUAAAUCAAACUGUUUUCAGUCAUGGACACAAAGUUUAA